GACGCGGACCGCGGGAAUUCUGCACCCGCGAGCGGCCCGGCGUCGGCGGCACGUGCACUUUGACCGCAGGAAGCGGGCCCUCGCGCGCGCAGGAAGUGUUCGCACGGGCGCGUCUGCAGCUGGGCGGCGACGAGAGUCCGGGGACAGAUGCAGGAACACCGAGCGCGCUAAAGGGACGGUGCGCGGGGACGUGAUGUGGAAACUGAGUCCGCUGGGAGAGGGCGAUCCGCCGCCGCACCGGCUCCUCCCGGGAGAGGAGCACACGGUGGGCCGCAAGAGCUGCUCCGUCCUCCUGCAGAACGACCAGUCCAUCAGUCGCGUGCACGCCGCGCUGCGCGUGGGCCCCGCGAGCCGCGUCCAGAACGAGCCCCCAACGCUGACGCUCACGGACACUUCCAAGUACGGCACGUCUGUGAACCAGGAGCGCCUGGACAGUAACGUGCCGCGGGUUCUGCGGCACGGUGACGUGCUCACCUUUGGUGUCUUUCAGAGCAAAUUCAGGGUGGAGUACGAAGCCCUGGUCGCGUGUUCCUCAUGCGUGGACAACGAGGGCAAGGCGUCCCUGGCGCAGGAUGUCCAGCAGCUUGGCGGCCGUCUGGUCAGCAGCUGGAGUGAGGACUGCACUCACCUGGUCAUGCCAGCUGUCAAAGUCACCAUCAAGACAAUCUGUGCCCUGCUCUGCUGUCGACCAAUCGUGAGACCGCACUACUUCUCAGAGUUCCGGAAGGCUCUUCUGGAAAAGAAGGCUCCGCCCAAAGCAGAAGAUUUCUGCCCCGAUAUAGACGAGCCGACCUUGGAUCGGGAGGUCGUGGACCUGGGUGUGAGGCUGCAGCGCAGGAGCGUCUUUCAGGGAAAGACCUUUGUGUUCCUCAGUGCCAAGCAGCUGAAACGUCUGAGCUCGGCGGUCACCUUCGGGAGAGGCCAGGCCCAACUGCUGGAGGAGGGGUCCUUACCCACCGCCCUCCUGGAAUCACCGCAGACCUGCGUGGUCGAUGCGGAGACGGGCAGUUCGCAGGUCCUGCAGUCCGCGUCCGCGGUCAUGUGGAACGACUCGGUGGCUCGUAUCCUGCAGAGGAAAGGCCUUCGGAUGAUUGCCGAGUCAGAGAUUGGACUGGCCGCCAUCUACGUCACCACUGACUUGUACUGCAAUCCGUCAGCGCAGAUGUACCAAGUUUGCGAGAAGCCCCGUAUCUCCAGGGCAACGUUGUCGCAGAGUGUCAGUGUGGACGAGACGACGCUGCCGGCUGCCUCGCAGAACAUCACGGCGUACGCCGCCAACACAGAGCUGUCAUCAGGAAUCAGCAGAAUGGAUACCAGCGGGCCUACAUCUGUGGGUGAAACGCCAGAGAAAGAGCAGCGGCGCACUGGGGUGUUGAGUAAAAGGCCCACAGAAACAGACACAGCCUGCAAGAGCUUGGCAACGGAAACAUCAUCAUCAGCCAGUGCUGCUAGAGCUAAGAGUCUCCAGAGCACAAAUGAGAAGGAUGCUCUUCCAUCCAGAGCGAGAGGUGAUGGUCAACCAACCUCUAGACCUCCUCUUUCCAAUGGGGCCAAGACCAGGUCUCCAGAAAAGCAAGCAAAUUCCCUCACUAACUACUUCCAGCCCAUUAGCAGGAAAAGAACCCGUGAGGGCAGUGAUUUGGUUGGUGAUUCAGAGGCCAAACUCCCUAGGAAAGGAGAUGAGCAAGAGGAUGAGAUGGAGAGCGGAUCAGGCCGCUCUGUGCCUCAACACCGUGGUCCCUCAAGAAGAGCAGGAGCUCCUCCAGAUCCAGAAUCCCCCAUCUCAGCACCUACGGUGAGGUCAGAGAGCAAGAGUCUGGAACUGGUCCAGGACCAGGACCACUCCUCUGGUUCAAGCAACCGCAGACCCACAGAAGGCAAGAGAAAGGAGAUGGUCAAAGGUAACCCACCAGGAGAUGAUGAGAGUGAGAUGGACAUGGAGGAUCUGGAGUCCAUCAUGUCGUUGCCGAUGGAAGAGUCAGACAAGCAGGGAGAGGCCUGCAAAAAGAGGCGCACAGAUCACCCGGCCAAGUUCAAGCAAGAGGAGGCGUCCUUUGUAGCGGACGUGAAACCAGCGCUGAAGGGUGAAAACGAGGAGGGCCUUCCCAGGAACGUCCUGAUAAUCCAGUUCCGCUCCCUAGUGGUGGACAAACCUCCAAGACCGAGGCUGGAUCCACAGAACCCGCAAAAGAUAUCUGGGAAGAACUUCAAGAAGUUUCAGAAGGUGCCUGUUCCUGGGUCCUCUGGGCUCCCCAGGAUCAUCGGAGGGUCUGAAUUGGUGGCCCACAACCGGGGCAAGAACUCUGAACUGGAGGAGUGGCUCAGAGAGGCAGCAGAGGAGGAGAGUCGGAAUGAGCGAGAAGAAACCCUUGGAGACGAUCUCUUCAGAUACAACCCGAAACCCUCAAGAAAAAGAUGAGGAUGGAAACUAGACUCUCAAAAAAAAAAAAAAAAAA